ACACUCACACUCACUAAGCUCAUACAAACUAACAACAAAUCUAAAUAUUCUUUGAAGAAUACAAAUUCAAGAAAAUGGGUAAAAUUGCAAUUGGAAAUCCUGGAGAAGCUAGCCAACCCGACGCUAUUAGAGCGGCAUUGGCGGAGUUCUUCUGUAUGGUUAUUUUCGUAUUUGCUGGCGAAGGAUCCGGCAUGGCUUUCAACAAGCUAACACAUAAUGGAUCAGCAACACCGGCGGGGCUAAUAGCAGCUGCAUUGUCACAUGCAUUUGCACUAUUUGUGGCGGUUUCCGUCGGAGCAAAUAUUUCCGGCGGUCACGUAAAUCCGGCGGUUACAUUUGGUGCGUUUGUUGGAGGAAAUAUUACUCUUUUGAGAGCCAUUUUGUAUUGGAUUGCUCAGUUACUUGGAUCUGUUGUUGCCUGUCUACUCCUUAAAUUCUCCACCGGUGGUUUGGAAACAGCAGCAUUCGGAUUAUCAGCAGGAGUAUCAUCAUGGAACGCAGUCAUUUUUGAAAUAGUGAUGACAUUUGGGCUGGUAUACACCGUAUACGCCACAGCAAUAGACCCCAAAAAAGGAAAUAUUGGAACCAUUGCACCACUUGCAAUCGGGUUCAUAGUGGGUGCCAACAUCUUAGCCGGUGGUGCGUUCGAUGGUGCCUCAAUGAACCCAGCCGUGUCCUUUGGUCCUGCUGUGGUCAGCUGGACUUGGACUAACCACUGGGUCUAUUGGGUUGGUCCUAUGAUUGGUGCUGCCAUUGCUGCCACUGUCUAUGAGACUCUUUUUAUUGGCGAUGGUGCUCAUGAGCCACUUACUAGCAAUGAUUUUUGAGGAAUUUUUUUUUAAUUAAGAUUGAGGAGUAAUAAUUUUUUGUGUUAUUUGAUAUAGUUUGGUUGUGUUAGGUGUUUGAUGUUGUUGUUUUUUAAUAUGUUUAGAUCAAUGAAACUGCUUUGUUUUGAUUUGAA